UCUUGGGAGGAUUUGACAGAUGUGGUGGAGCAAUUGCGCGAUGAUACUGAAGAUCCUAAUUAUCUCAUGGCUAAUGAACGCAUGAACCUGAUGAACAUGGCGAAGCUGAGUAUCAAGGGGCUGAUCGAAUCGGCGCUCAACCUGGGCAGGACGCUGGACUCCGACUAUGCACCUCUUCAGCAGUUCUUUGUUGUGAUGGAGCAUUGCCUUAAACACGGCCUGAAAGCCAAAAAGACUUUUCUUGGGCAAAAUAAGUCAUUUUGGGGACCACUAGAACUGGUAGAAAAACUUGUUCCUGAAGCUGCAGAGAUUACAGCAAGUGUUAAGGAUCUCCCGGGGCUGAAGACACCCGUGGGAAGAGGAAGAGCUUGGCUUCGCCUGGCUCUAAUGCAGAAGAAGCUUUCUGAGUACAUGAAAGCCUUGAUCAACAGAAAGGAUCUUCUCAGUGAAUUUUAUGAGCCUAACGCACUGAUGAUGGAAGAAGAGGGUGCGAUCAUUGCUGGCCUCCUGGUAGGUUUGAAUGUCAUCGACGCCAACUUCUGCAUGAAAGGAGAAGACCUGGACUCGCAGGUUGGAGUUAUUGAUUUCUCAAUGUACUUGAAAGAUGGGAACAGCACGAAAGGCACUGAAGGUGAUGGCCAGAUAACUGCUAUUUUGGACCAGAAGAACUACGUAGAAGAACUCAAUAGACAUUUAAGCGCUACGGUAAACAACCUACAGGCCAAGGUGGAUGCCUUAGAAAAAUCCAACACUAAACUGACAGAGGAGCUUGCGGUUGCAAACAACAGGAUUAUUACCCUGCAGGAAGAGAUGGAGCGAGUUAAAGAGGAAAGCUCUUACUUCUUGGAGUCCAAUCGUAAGGUUGGUGCCACUAAAGACAGAACCGCCGAUGGACAAGCACUGACUGAGGCACGAAAACAGCUGAAGGAGGAGACUCAGCUGCGGCUGGAUGUGGAGAAGGAGCUGGAGGCGCAGAUCGGGAUGCGGCAGGAGAUGGAGCUGGCCAUGAAGAUGCUGGAGAAAGACGUUUGUGAGAAGCAGACUGCGCUGGUGGCGCUCAGGCAGCAGCUGGAUGAUCUCAGGGCCCUAAAGCAUGAACUGUCCUUUAAGCUGCAGAGUUCAGACAUGGGAGCGAAACAGAAGAGUGAAUUAAACAGCCGCUUGGAAGAAAAAACGAAUCAGAUGGCGGCCACCAUCAAACAGCUCGAACAAAGUGAAAAGGAUUUGGUGAAACAGGCAAAAACCUUAAAUAGUGCAGCAAACAAACUGAUCCAGAAGCAUCAUUAGACAUUUUUGUGUCUGGUCACCUCACAGCUCUGACAUCAGAACUCAUUUACGAGGGGAGAACUUGAGAAUUGCUAAAAGCAACCUUUAAAUUGUUAAUUGUCACCUAAAGUUGAUUUGGAAUUUGCUGAAUUUUUAAAAACCAGUGAGUUUUUCUGCCGAGAUUUAGAGUCGGGUAUAAAAAUCCCUAACUUUGCCAUUUAAACUGUGUUAAAGUACCGAUGAGUUGGCCAAUAAACCCACCAGAACAGCGUAAGGAGUGGCAGACAAGUGGUGAUGCACAGCGCAUGCAGCAGCACGAGUCUUCGCCGUUUGCUGGAUCCUAGCGGUGCUCAAGCCGAUGCCCCAUUGGCCAGCUCUGGGAAGUCAACUAGUUUUCUGUGUGACCCUUUUUUUGUGAAGUAGACGAGAAAAAAAAAAGCAUCCCUGGAAGUUGUUGACAGUAGUUGUGUGCGUGCCCCAAGCCGUUACCC